UGAGACAGAGAGGAGAGUAAUUUAUAUAGCAACUUCUGAUCCAUCUAUAUUCUCUGCAGUCGGUUGUUUCAGUCCUCCUUUACUCUUAGUCUUCCAAUUAUGUCAAAGAAAACUGUAGUGUCAGUGGAACUCCUCUGUUCAAAGUGCAGGCAGAAGGUGAUGAAGUUAAUUGCAACAAUAGAAGGGAUAACUUCCAUUGUCCUUGACCCUUCAAAAAAUACGGUGACAGUAAUUGGGGAAGCUGAUCCUGUGACAAUCAUCAAGAAGGUCAGAAAAUUCAGAAAAUCUGCAUCAGUGGUCAGUGUCGGUCCUCCCAAAGAAGAGAAGAAGGAUGAGAAGAAAGAUGUCAAGGAUACGAUGUACGUUCCAAAGGCAUGUCAAAGAUGCGAUGUAUGGUAUGUGAUUGCUGAAGAUUAUUACAGUUAUUGUUCCAUUAUGUAACUUAGUAUUGAUUGUACGUCCUGUUUUAUGUAUUUUCAUACGUAUUAUAAUUUGGCAAAAAUAAUGUCUCCUUUCAUUGAUAAUGAAAAACCCU